CGCUUCCGCCAUCUCUUCCUCUUCCGGUCUUCUAGGACGCCGCGCCGGCCGGUACUGCGGCUCCAUCCCCCUGGGUGGGACGCGACCGCAGGCAUGGCCAUGUUCGAGCAGAUGAGGGCGAACGUGGGCAAGUUGCUCAAGGGUAUCGACAGAUACAAUCCUGAGAAUCUGGCCACCCUGGAGCGCUAUGUGGAGACACAGGCCAAGGAGAAUGCCUAUGAUCUGGAAGCCAACCUGGCUGUCCUGAAGCUGUACCAGUUCAACCCAGCCUUCUUUCAGACCACGGUCACCGCUCAGAUCCUGCUAAAGGCCCUCACCAACCUGCCCCACACUGACUUCACCCUUUGCAAGUGCAUGAUCGACCAGGCCCAUCAAGAAGAACGGCCCAUCCGACAGAUUUUGUACCUUGGAGACCUGCUAGAGACCUGCCACUUCCAGGCCUUCUGGCAAGCCCUGGAUGAAAACAUGGACCUUUUGGAAGGUAUAACUGGUUUUGAAGAUUCUGUCCGAAAAUUUAUCUGCCAUGUCGUGGGUAUCACUUAUCAGCACAUCGAUCGCUGGCUGCUGGCCGAGAUGCUCGGGGACCUGACCGUGACAUAUUUUCCAAGGGUGAAAAAGAACGGCAAAGAAAUUCUCAAACCUGAUAACCACAGGCUUAUUGUUCGUGGUAAUGAUGACAUCGUGAUUUUGAAACCAUUUCAUACAGCCAGCUGAAGGUGUGGAUGAGCAAGUACGGCUGGAGCGCUGAUGAGGCGGGCCAGAUCUUCAUCUGUAGCCAGGAAGAGAGCAUUAAGCCCAAGAACAUU